AGCAGUAGCAGUAGCAGGCAUUGAAGAAGAUGGCAACACAAGGUUUGGUAUCAUCAUCUCUAACCUCCACAGUUGAGGGUGGUAGGCAAAUCUUGGGUGGAAGAAGACCAUUUCAAACCUCAUCAAGAAAGCCUUCAUUUGUUGUCAAAGCUGCUUCUACUCCCCCUAUCAAGCAAGGAGCAAACAGACAAUUGUGGUUUGCAUCCAAGCAAUCUCUCUCCUACCUAGAUGGCAGUCUCCCAGGCGACUUUGGGUUUGACCCACUUGGUCUCUCAGAUCCAGAAGGCACUGGAGGGUUCAUUGAGCCCAGAUGGCUAGCCUACGGAGAAGUCAUCAAUGGACGGUUUGCCAUGCUAGGUGCAGCCGGAGCCAUUGCACCAGAGAUUUUCGGAAAGCUUGGUCUCAUCCCAGCCGAAACCGCCCUCCCAUGGUUCCAAACCGGUGUCAUCCCCCCAGCCGGCACCUACAGCUACUGGGCAGACCCUUACACCCUAUUCGUUAUGGAAAUGGCACUCAUGGGUUUUGCCGAGCACCGAAGGUUCCAAGACUGGUAUAACCCAGGCUCCAUGGGAAAGCAAUACUUCUUGGGCCUAGAGAAAGGGUUUUCGGGAUCAGGGAACCCCGCGUACCCAGGUGGGCCCUUCUUCAACCCGUUGGGGUUCGGGAAAGAUGAAAAGUCAAUGAAAGAGUUGAAGCUAAAGGAAAUCAAGAAUGGCAGAUUGGCUAUGUUGGCUGUGUUGGGUUACUUCAUUCAGGGUCUGGUCACAGGGGUUGGACCAUACCAGAACCUUUUGGACCAUCUGGCUGACCCUGUCAAUAACAAUGUCUUGACCAGCCUUAAAUUCCACUAAAGAUUCUUUUCUUAUAUGUAAUAUCAUGUGCACAGUUUAUAUGGAAUACUAUAAACUAAUCAUGUG